AUCUCCCGUCACGAUGGAUUAUCGCAGCACCACCCCACCGCACUCGUCUAGCCAAGCGAGCUCCAGUAUGUUGAUUCCCGAAUCUCCCGGCAGCCCUAACUUGCUUGACUCACCAUCACCUAGCAGCCCACAGCCAUGGCACGAGCAGCCCGAGCGAGACUCUGACACCUUCACGCAACCAGACGCGGUAGCACAGAGUCCUGCUAUUAAUGACAACAGUAAUGACUCUGCGGCAACUGUGAACUAUGAUGAGGAAAACCGUAACAGUACGUCACACGCGUGGCGAAGAACUGACAAUAUUGAUCUAAACGAUGACAACUCAAAUUCGAUACGACCGCAAAGUUCGCAGUCAGAUAUAGCAGCCGUACACUCCACCACUGAGGAAUCGAACAGCUUGAUGUCCAUGCCAGAGGUCGUGAUACGAAAAGACGAAGACCUUGAAGAACCGCCCGCAAAAGUCCGUAAACUGAGCUCGCCGAAACCAAACGACGACAUGGACGGAGAGACUUGUCCCAUCUGCUUAGAUUCUUGGGGCAAUUCCGGGGAACAUAGACUGGUUGCGUUAAAGUGUGGACACUUGUUUGGAGCACAAUGUGUUCAACGAUGGCUUAAGGCACAGACGUUACGUGAACGCUCGUGUCCAACCUGUAAAAGUAAGGCAGCUCUAAAAGACAUCAGGUUUAUUUACGCUCGACGUUUGGUAGCAGCAGACUCUUCACAGAUUACAGCGCUGCAGAAGCAAGUGGAGUUACUCCAAACAGAAAAGAACAGAGCGGAAUUGGAGCUUCAGAAGUGUAGGAUAGCACACCGAGCUUGCGCUUUACAGCUGGAAGUAUUAAGGAGUACGUUGAUGAAGUCUCAAGUUGCGAAGGAACAGCCUGUGAGGAAAACGUGGAGGUUUGCGCUGGAAAAAAACUUGGAGAUUUGCAAAGACGGAGGCUGUCGUGUUUUAACCUACAAUUGUCGUACUUAUGAGUUGUAUGUGUCACAGAAAAGUGUAAACUAUCUGUUUCCAGGUUAUGGAAUACGGAAAGUGAGUUGUGUUGAUUACAAAUUAGGACAGUUUGUUCACUUACAUCCCAAACCAAUACGUGAUAUAACCUACUCACAGCCGAGGGACUUGUUGCUUAGUGUUGCGUUAGAUAGCUCUGCGAGAAUAGUUGAAAAGGGGAACCCCGAGCGCUACAAUCCAAUGUGGAAUGCCCUUAUGGUCUUGUUCAUGGGAUUAUUUACGCAGCAAUGA